AUGCCUUCCAAGUACCGCGUUGUCACUUCGUCUACUCAUUCUUCUACUUUGGAAAGAGUUGCCGACCCAUCGGUCCAACUCUUGAAUGUUGCCAAUGAUCGGAUCAUCUCCGCCCACACCGAGGAGUGUCCCGAGAUCAUUGAUGAAGACAAUGGUUCUGCCCAUUCUGGUGACCUUACUAUAUCGUCUAACUCUGUCAGCUCCGCGUCGGUGCGCAACGACCCGGUAUCUGACGGAGUCCAACCAGAUCCGAAUCGGCAGGCGGAGCUCCAACUAGAAGGUGCACCAGAAGUUCAUGGUUUGACCAGAACGUUGCGUCAUCGCCAUGUUCCCGUACGGUUUAUUCCGGGUGGUAGCCCGCGAGAGACUAGUUUCGACAGUGAUGGAUAUCCUAAAGAGUAA